AUGUCGACCGAGUACAACUAUGACGAACAGGGCCAGUUCUUUCCUUUCUUCUUUGUGACUGUAGCCGGUCUAGUCACGCUACCAGUGACAUACUCCCUUCUUAAGCCCAGCAAAGACCUCGAGAACACGGCGACGCGAAUCGAGUCAAGCUACACACCCGAACAUGCAGACCUCAUCGAUGGACACAGGAGACGGCAAAAGAGGAGGGAGCGCAAGCUGAAGCGCAUGGUGGUUGCUGGUGUGGGAUGGGCUACAAUUGCAUUGAUGGUCUACCUCAUGGCUGUCACACAGCGCAGCACACCCAAGAUCUGGGAUCCCUAUGAGAUUCUGGGUGUUCCCAUGUCGUCCACGGAGAAGCAGAUCCAGAGCCGCUACCGCAGACUGUCUGUCACCAUGCACCCGGACAAGGCUGUGCCCGAUCCGGCAAAGAACGAGACCGCCGAUUCAGUCAACGAGCGUUGGGUCGAGGUUAUCAAGGCAUACAAGGCUCUCACGGACGAGGAUGUGCGCAGAAACUUCAUCGAGUACGGCAACCCGGAUGGCAAGCAGAGUACCAGCUUCGGCAUUGCCCUCCCCCAGUUUUUGAUCACCGACGGCAACGGCAAGUACAUUCUGCUGGUCUACGGCGCCCUGUUGGGAAUCUUGCUGCCAUACUUUGUCGGAAGCUGGUGGUACGGAUCGCAAAAGGUGACACGCGAGAAGAUCCUGGUCAACAGCGCUGGGAACAUGUUCAAGGAGUUCAGCGAGCGUAUUGACGACCAUGGCGUUGUCAACUUGGUCAGCGCAGGUGCCGAAUUCGAAGCCCUUCUUCACGGCCAUAAGGCAGAUGCCGGAACUGGACAACUCGAGAAGCGUCUACUCCAAGAAGCCCGCGUCAUGACAGAGAAGGACCGUCGCUUUUUGCAGGACAUGGACGACACUGUGCGUCGCAAGACUCUUGCGCUCCUCUGGGCCUACUUGGCUCGUGUUGAGCUCGACGAUCAGACUCUGAACGACGAAAAGUACCAGCUCGCCCCUACCGCUCUUACUCUCAACGAAGCCUUUGUCUCCGUUUGUCUGGCAUAUGGCUUCACCAACCCCGUCCUCGCUUCCUAUCGCACCUCGCAAAACCUGAUCCAAGCUGUUGCUCCCGAAUCACCCCCUCUCCUUCAGUUGCCCCACUUCAACGAGCAAGUCGUCAAGGCCCUCGAGGAGCAGGUUGGCCAGCGUAGCCAUCUUACCAUUCAAGCCUUCAUGGACCUCUCCGAAGCCCGUCGCCGUGAGAUUGCUACAUCAGUCGGUCUCUCGAGACCUCAAUUGGACUCUGCCAUCAGUGUCGCAUCUCAGCUGCCUCGCCUCGUCAUCGAGCGUACCUUUUUCAAAGUCACCGGCGAGAAGCACAUUAUCCCCAACUCUCUCGUCCAAUUCGUCGUCAAGGCCCGCUUCAUCCCUCCCGGUACCCGCAACAUUCCCGAUAUCCACCCCUCAGACCUCGAAGACAUUGACCCCGACGAGACCGACACAAAGGCCAACGCUCGUCCUGACCCCGCCGAGCAAAAGCAACAUCAACCCCCUCUCGCCCACGCACCCCACUUCUCCCGCGACCACUCUCCCCGCUGGCAUCUCUUCCUCGCCGACGCACGUCAAGGCAAGGUUGCCGUUCCCCCGUUCACCUUUACUACCUUCGACAAGCCCAUUCUGGACGCUUCUGGCAAACCUACCUUUAACGUCCAGACACUCAAGAUGCAGUUCCAAGCUCCUCCUCAACCCGCCCAAUACAAGUUCCAGAUGCAUCUUGCAUGUGACAGUUAUAUUGGCUUUGACGACAAGAGAGAUGUUAUCCUAGCCGUCGAGGACCCGAGUUCGAUCGAGGAAGCCGAAUGGGAGGAUGAGGAUAUUUCGGAACCUGAAGAAGACACGAUUGCAGGACAAAUGGCCACUCUUCGUGGUAGUGCUACAAAGAAGGCCACGAGCCCUAAACUCAAGGGCAAUGAUGACGAUAGUGAUGAAGAGAGUGGCACUGAUGAGGAGGAAGAAACGGAGAGUGAGACGGACACUGAUACCGACACCGACGAAGAGUAG